GGUUAAUCCCCCCCUUCCUCACACACACACACACACACACACACACGCACACAUAACUUUACAGUAGCUACCACACAGAGACACAGAGCGCAGACCCUUCAGAGAAAGAAGCUAGCCAGCCCCCUCCCGGCGAGAGGAAAUGAAGAGGAGGCUACAUAAAAAAUACUUGGUUUUGAUCCUGGCAUAUUCAGGUUUACUUCUGCUAAUCCCGUACGUGUUAGAUUACCGAGAUAAAUCCGUUCAACACGCGAGACAUGGACUACAGCAACAGCCCAGAUGCCCAGAUUUGGCGCUGCUGUGGGAUAACGGUUACAAACUUAACGGCAGCGAGGAGACGGAUCCCGCCGUCAACCGGAGCCAGUCUCGGAUACACAUCUACUUACAUGCCACCUGGAGGACUGGCUCCUCGUUUUUGGGGGAGUUGUUCAACCAGCACCCCGAUGUUUUCUACCUGUACGAGCCAAUGUGGCACAUAUGGCAGGCUCUGUAUCCGGGGGAUGCGGCCAGUCUCCAGGGCGCAGUGCGGGACAUGAUGAACGCCUUGUACCGCUGCGACUUCUCCGUCCUCAAACUUUACGCCGGCACGCAAAACAUCACCACUUCGUUCAUAUUCGGCUGGAAAAUGAACAAGGUGAUAUGCUCGGAGCCGCUAUGCGAUGCGCACAAGCGUCGUGAAAUUGGGCUGGUGAAAGAGGACCAGUGCGCAAAGUGCCAAAAACGGGACAUUAGGGACCUGGAAAGGGAGUGUAAAAAGUACCCGGUGAUGGUGAUCAAAGGAGUGCGCGUUUUGGACCUGAGCACGCUGGUUCCUUUGAUGAAAGACCCUGCGAUAAACCUCCAGAUCAUUCAGCUCUUCAGAGACCCGAGGGCCGUGCACAACUCCCGCUUGAAGUCCAAACAGGCCCUGGUGAAGGAGAGCAUCCAGGUGCUGAGGAGUAAGAAGCAGGCCGACAAGUACAAGCGGCUACUGGUGCCGAGCAGCAAGGUGAACCGGGCCGAGAGCUACGUCUCCAGCGCCAUGGAGCUCAUCUGUGACAACUGGCUCAGUGACAUGAUGCUGGUGAUAAACGCGCCUCCCUGGGUGAGGAGGAACUACCUCCGCAUCCGCUACGAGGAUCUGGUCCUGCACCCCAUGGAGGAGCUCCAGAGGCUGUACCGCUUCUCCAACCUCUCCUCCUUCCCGGCUCUGGAGAAGUUUGCCCUGAACAUGACGCACGGUCAGGGGUAUUCCUCAGACAGGCCGUUCCUGAUAUCAUCCAGAGACGCAAAAGAGGCGAUAUAUGCCUGGAGGGAGAGACUCAACGUUGAGCAGAUAAAUCAGGUGGAGGCCUACUGCAGCGAAGUCAUGAGGCAGCUGGGGUAUCAGAAGAACAGCGUGGACAAGACAACAUGAGGAUGUGCCCUGAGGAAUCGAUGGGUCAAGGGACCUGGUGUUCGAGGCUGAGGGCAAAAGGUGGAAUAACAAAACAAGCAGCUGGAAUGUGGUCCACUGGGAGCUCGCAAGCCGGGUCGGUGAACUGGAGAAAAUCCAAGUGGAAAGAGCAGCCAAUCACAGACAGAUGAAUUUGAAACGAGGAGAAGGCAGCUUAUUUGUACAGUGUUACCUUUUUAACACUAGCAGGGACUAUGCAGAUAGAGAGGAUGUGGGAGCGGACAUAAACAAGAAGAGAGAGAUUUGAUGCUGGUUUGUGCUUCUGUUACACUGGCCUGCCUCUAUCCUUCUGUCCUUUUAGCAGCACUAAUCCCUCCACAAAUCCCCUGCAGGCGAGAGCCAUAAAAAGCCAGAGAUGGGUCCUUCUUGGGAGAUAACUGCCAGGAUCCGGUGUGGCAGCGCCAGGCUCGCUCUCACCUGCGCCACUUAUCCAUCCAGCCUAUGACUAAGCGAGGCAGUAAUCUCAAGCAUUACUGAUACUUAACUGAAGUUUUCUCACUAACAAUGCCCAUGUAGAGCUUUGAAAGAAGAAGCUACGGUGUUUUCUGGAAAAGAGGCCUGACUGAGGAACUAUUGUUUCGCCCCCGGCCCCUCAGGAAUCCAGACAGCUGCAGCCACCCCACUGACAAAACACUCACAUGGGUGUGAAAUUUUCUAAUAUCUCAUGGACGUGUCUUGGAGAGCUGCCUCUGUCCUCUGCCAAUGAACUUUUUAGCAAGUAUUCACAAGCACAACAGACGGUACUUAUUCAUAUUGUGCGCCAUUCUUACUGUUUUUAGUUUAUGUCUAAACUAUUGUAAAAUGCUGUGACACCCCUCUGGUUGAGGAUGUGUUUAGGAGGAGUAAAAAGUUUACCAGCAUCCAUGUGUUCAACUUUAGAAGUUGGUUCUGUAAUGAUUGUUGUGGGUUAAAUGCCUGAAGAAGUUCUCUUUUCAAAGAAAGAAAUAACUUGACUAUUUAAACUGACUUCAAUAAAGGGUUAGUAAAAACUAGAGAAGCAUCUUCUUAAGAAUGAAUUCUCCAUUGAUUCUGAAAGGAAUGACUUUUGGAUGACUUUAUAAUCACAUGAAAACUAAUUAAUCUUAGGAGGUCUAGUGUGACAUUCAGGAGGAUCUACGGGCAGAAAUAGAAUGUAUUCAUGGGUAUGUUUUCAUUACUGUAUUUAUUCACAUCCUCUUCUACAGAGGCCGCCAUGUUUCUACAGUAGCCCCCAAUGAACAAACCAAACACUGGCUCUAGAUAGGGCCUUCCACGUUUUUUUUCGCAGCCACCACAGACACACUACACAGUUAGGAGGCUGAACUGUAAUCAGUUGCUUGCUAUCUACAACUUCACCACUAGAUGCCACCAAACUCUACCUUUACUAUUGGCUGACUUAAAGAUCCAGUGGUAGUGAAUGGGGGCUUGAAAACACACCUGCAUUCGGCUUUAUUGCAUUACAGUAAAUUUGAACUGUAUGUGGCAUCAUAACGUGCUUACUCACAGUACUCUAGUGUGUGUGUGUGUGUGUGUUAGUAUUUAGAUAUAUGAAUGAAGAAUUCUAAAUACAUUGAGACCACAUGGGCCUCCAUAGAUUAUACUGUAUUAUGUAAAUCCUAAUUAAUCACAAACUGUACAUGUCAUCAUAAUUAGCUUAUGUACAGUUGAUCUGAUUAGGCCUCUGUUGACUUAAAUGCAAUAAUAUAACCAGUAAUAACUCAUAAACAGUAUCUCAUCCUAAUGACCACAUGUAGUUUCAAUUAUUAAAAUGAACACAACUGGGUCACUCAUUA